GAGCUGGUAUGUCAUGUGACUACCCAAAUGGCGGCGCCCAGUGUGGCCGAGGUGGCGUCUGAAGCCUCGGCUCCGGUGUACCUGGUGGUGAGCGGGAUCCCCACGGCCCUGCGCUCGGCCCAGCUGAGGAACUACUUCAGCCAAUUCCGGGAGCAGCGCGGCGGCCGCGACGCCGGCUUCCUCUGCUUCCACUAUCGGCACCGCCCUGAGCGGGCCCUGGCCCCAGAACCGGCCCCGGUCCCAGUCACCGCAGCCCCGGCCGCCCCGUCCCUGUCCUCUGAGCCGGCUGCGGCUCCCGCUCAGUCCUCAGCCCCAGCCCCUCCUGCCACCUGCUGCUGCGUGAUCUCAGUGCGGGGGCCGGCCCAGGCCGAGCUGCUCCUCCGCAUGUACUCGGGCCGCCCUUGGCUCGAUUCGCAGGGAAACUGGCUCCCCGGACGCUGCUGUAUCCGCAGGCUCCGGCUCCCCGUUCAGGAGGCAGGUGUCGAUCCCUUUCCCUUCAAAACCCGGAAGGAGCUGCAUAAGAGGAAGGCUGUGAGUGAAGUCUUCACCCUGGCUGACCUUAAGCAGCUGCCAGAACUGAACCCACCAGCCUUGAUGCCCAAUGGGAACGUGGGGACCCCAAUGCAUGUCUUCUUAGAGCUGAUCCAAGCCUGUCGUCUGCCCCCCCGCAUCAUCACCCAGCUGCAGCUGCAGUUCCCCAAGACGGGCUCCUCCCGGCGAUACGGCAACGUGCCCUUUGAGUAUGAAGACAUGGAAAUUGUCGAGCAGGAAGAGCUGGUGUACACAGCCCAAGGAGAGGAGAUCCCAGCAACCCCUCAAGGAUCCUGUCCCACCCCCAUCACAGCUGAGACCCAAGGAGGGCCAAAGGAAGACGAAGAGGAAGAGUCUCAUUCAGAUGAUGACAAUGACACAUGUGAGGAGUGGGAGCGGCAUGAGGCAUUGCACGAGGAUGUGACGGGCCAGGAGCGCAUGGCCGAGCGGCUGUUUGAGGAGGAGAUUGAGCUCAAGUGGGAGAAGGGCGGCUCUGGGCUCGUGUUUUACACAGAUGCUCAGUACUGGCAAGAAGAGGAAGGAGAUUUUGAUGAGCAAACAGCUGAUGACUGGGAUGUGGAUAUGAGCAUAUACUACGAAGAAGAUGGUGGAGACAAGGAUGCUCGUGACUCAGUCCAGAUGCACUUGGAACAGAGACUACGCGAUGGCCUGGAAGACGGCUCUGUGGUCAACCACCAAGUCGGCACCUUCGAGCGUCACACAAAGGGUAUAGGAAGGAAGGUGAUGGAGCGACAAGGCUGGGCUGAGGGCCAGGGCCUGGGCAGUAGCUGCUCAGGAGUGGCUGAGGCCCUGGACAGUGAUGGGCAGAACCCCAGGUGUAAGCGUGGACUAGGGUACCAUGGUGAAAAACUGCAGUCUUUUGGACAGCCAAAGAGGCCACGUGGGACCAGCGCGGGGCUCAUCUCCACCAUCUAUGACGAACCCCUUGCUCAGGACCAGGGUGACCUUCUGCUUCGACGCCAGCCACCUACCAGCCUGAAGUUUCGGGCAGAUAUGGCCUUUGUGAGAGGCUCAGGCACAGACAGCUUUUCCCACAGCUCAUCAGAGCCCAAGUGACUGGGACAGGAGCUCCACAUAUGGUGGGAGGAUCACAGCAUCUCUCUGACCUUUCUGUUCUUGAAGCCAAAGUGGGGGGCUGGCUCCAGGACCCAAGCUUUCGUAGAGAAGAGAAUGGGUUGGGCAGACCCAGGGGCCAGUCACUUCUCUUCCUUCCCAUCUGCUACCUCAAGGCCAGUGAUGUUUUUUUUUACAAAGCACUGUUUCUGUUACACCGUUCAGGCAUAGUGGUCUCUCCUUAUGGAUUUUAACCUCUUGUUUAUCUCAAGACCAGUUUUGGCCUGGACUUUUCUUUAGGGCACGGGUUUCAGUUCUGGUCUUAUCUCCUCACCCUCUAAAGCAGAGCGUCAUUGGCCAAGACCAUCUUUUCCCUUGAGAUUUACUGCACAGCAAUAGCUGUGCUAGCCAGAUAGAAGGGGAAGGGACGUGGCAGACUGAGUACAUUCCACUUGCUCCCUUCUGGGAAGGGAAGACAGAUUCAUAGCAGAAUAAAGUUUUUGUUUGUAUAACCAAGUUGUUUUCCAUCCUUGAGGAGGGAACGUACCUGCCUCUCCCCACAGCUUCUAAUUAACAGUCUUCAACCCUAUUUUACCCUUCAUUCGUUCUUUUUUUUUGAGUUAACAAAUAGCACAUUUACUGGCUCACCCAAUGGUAAAUGAAGUUAUAGGGGACUGUAUACACCAAAACACAUUAUUAGGGGAACCAAAGAGUUCUGUAAGGCAAGGUAGUCAGGAACUGGAUAGCAAGUUAUUACAUAUUCUAUAAAUUUAAAACUGUAUUAGAUUGCUUGGUAAGGAGAUAUUACAUGUAAUUUGUGCCUUUCUUAUGCCAAACCGUGGUGAUUCUUAGCAUAUGCUUAAUGUGUUUGUUUGAAAUCUAAGGAAUGUGUAGACAGAAAAAGGAUGCCAUUUUGAUUUUAAUAUUCUACUUUCCAGGAGGAAAUAAGUUGACAAACAUUUUCAUCUGAAUUCAGCAUGGAUCUUCAUUAGUUCUUAAACAGCUGGAAUCAAUGAGAUUCCAAGGCCCCAGAAAAAAAAGUUCAUUGAGGGUGUGGAUAUUCCAGCUAACACAAAUUAAUUUCUUGAAGAGAUUAUCCUGGGACAGUAAUAUCCCAAAAUAAAGUGUCAAAUUUUUGUCUCA